CUCGUCGCCCGAAAUCAUUUAAUUUAAAAUUUUCCUCGUUUAAUUUGUGAUAUUCAAUUUGAUUUUGGCUCAAAAUUCAUAGAAGCUUUAGAAUUCCCUGGAAGCAUUGAAAAAAAUAAAAUAAAAUCACAGCUUGCUUCAAGAGGUAAUCUUUUUUUUCCUCCUCAAGCGAAGUUUGAAUAAAGAAGGUUUUCAAUUUUGUUACCAGUAAGAGUUAUUUAUGGCGGAAAAUCACAAGAAAGCUGCGGGUCGCCUGUGUUACCUUUGUAACCAAAGAAGGGCUGCCCUCAAAAGACCUAAAACCCUAGAGCAGAUAUGCAGGGAGUGUUUCUACGAGGUAUUUGAGGAAGAGAUUCAUCAGGUGAUUGUGAAAAACCAGCUGUUUAAGCCCGGUGAGCGGAUUGCAAUCGGUGCCUCCGGUGGAAAAGAUUCGACAGUGCUUGCUUAUGUUUUAUCCGAGUUGAAUCGUCGACACAAUUAUGGGCUGGAUCUCUUCCUCUUGUCUGUUGAUGAAGGCAUUACUGGAUAUAGGGAUGACUCCCUUGAGACGGUUAAAAGAAAUGAAAUUCAGUAUGGGCUGCCGUUAAAGAUUGUUUCCUACAAGGAUUUGUAUGGAUGGACGAUGGAUGAGAUAGUGAAGAUGAUUGGUUUAAAGAACAAUUGUACAUUUUGUGGUGUUUUUCGUAGGCAGGCCCUUGAUCGUGGCGCUGCAUUGUUGAAAGUAGACAAGCUGGUUACCGGACACAAUGCAGAUGAUAUUGCCGAAACUGUACUCUUGAAUAUAUUGCGAGGGGAUAUUGCUAGAUUGAGUAGAUGCACUUCAAUAACCACUGGGGAGGAUGGACCAAUUCCAAGAUGCAAGCCAUUUAAGUACACCUAUGAGAAGGAGAUUGUUAUGUAUGCUUAUUUCAAGAGGCUGGACUACUUCUCCACUGAAUGCAUAUAUUCACCUAAUGCAUAUCGUGGUUUUGCUCGUGAGUUCAUCAAAGAUUUGGAGAGGAUGAGACCAAGGGCGAUACUUGACAUUAUCAAAUCAGGGGAAGAUUUUAGAAUUUCCACUUCUACGAAAAUGCCGGAGCAGGGGACAUGUGAACGAUGUGGUUACAUUUCAAGCCAGAAAUGGUGUAAAGCCUGUGUUCUGCUUGAAGGACUGAAUAAGGGUUUGCCUAAGCUGGGAAUUGGACGAAGUCGAGGCCUAGAUAACAACCAUAGGAAGGAUGUGAAACAAAGUAAUGGAACAAAGAAUAUUGAGGGCAAACAAUGUGGAAGUUUGGACUUCUGAUGUAGUUGUUUCAUUUGAGUUUUGGGGAUUUCUUGCAAUUGAUUCAUGGUGUCAACGGAAAGUCACUGAAUAGAGUAUACUUGGAAGUUACGAGGGCUUCCCUUAUGGGAGGUGCGCUGACUUAAUGACGAAACGGGCAUCUCAGUGUUGGUUGUCAGGAAAAUCUCACUGGUUUGCUAAUGCUAUCAGAGUUAACACAAUUGCCUCCUGACCACAUGGCUUCAUGCCCUUUGAGAAAUCACUAGAGCUGGAAGGCACCCUUUGAGAAAUCCGUGAAAGAGAGAAAAACACAGAAAUAGACAGCUUCAUGCCGGUCCUCCAGUGUCUGGUUAAUGCAAUCACACCUUGUGAUCUAAAUUAAGAGCAUUUCUUGUAUUUUAUGGUGUUUAUAUGGUGGAAUUCAUGUGAUCAUGAAUCAACAGCAUUAUAGGAGUGUUUUAAAAGCUACUUUUCAGCCUCUUUUGGUGAUGCCCUCAUUAAAUAAAAAAGAACUGGAGAAACGAACUACUGCGGAUGAAAUAAUUUUUUUGAAGAGAAUUAUCGAUAGCUCCCAGUCUCAGUUUGGGGUUUAUCAAUCCACCCUGGCGCCAGGACUCCCAGUUGAGCUGGAAUCUCCCUGUGGGGAAUCUGGCCUCCCAAGAGUCCACAACCCCAUGUUUCGAGGUGGCAAUAUAGCCCUCAACUUGCUGUGGUGAUCAAAGUGAUUCCUAACAUUCACAGUAACCGUUAAUUCAUGUGCUUUUCUCUCGAGUUAAAAAAGCUACUGUCUACUACACUACUGGAUAGCUCUGGGAACUGGAAGCCCUGACGAGGAGGCAACUGACGCUGUUUUUGAGAGUAUUCGCGUGGCCAUGAGAAGACCAUCCAUUAUAACAGGAUUUUGACAUUUGAUUAAUUAAUUCUUGUUUUGACAUCUAGAAUCCCGUUUCCAAUUCAUUUUGUGCUUGCUUUUGAGGUCUCAUUGGAUAUUGACUCUCCCUCGGAUUUAUUUUGGAAUAUUUAGGAUGAUGCUAUUGUUAUCCUUUGACGAGAUGUAGUUGGACUCAAGCAUUUGGGGAUAGGGGCUCAAUUCCCACCUCUGUAAUGACAGCUUCGGCUUUUGCUUCGUAUUUCUGUGGUGCACUACUUCUCUUUGAGGUUUGACUUGCUGGCUCAGCUGGUUUGGGAUUGAUAUUGACAUUUUUUACUUUAUCAGUCUCCUUUGCACGCACCAUGCACCGCUUUACUUGACUGCAAAAUCCUUACACCUUGGUUUUCAGCUUCAUUCUUGGGCUGAUGUUCUGUGUUUGGAAUACUGAGAAGAUAGACUACCUCAGUUCUAAAAUCACAAGCUCUGUGUAGGAAUGACAGCCGUGCAGAGUUCACAGUGCCUACCACCUCUUGCUUGUGUAAUUGCUUGAGUUUAGAAAUAAUUAAUCUAUACUAAGAGGUCAUAUUCUCCAGGUCGAUUUCUUCUUCUGUAUAGUAUGCAUAGCCGAACAUCUUUGAUGAGUUUUUAGAGGCAGUCAUAUAUAUGGGUAACGAUUGUUUCUGUGAAUGAAUCUGUAAUAUAUAUCAAUUAUUCAUCAAUAAAAAGAAAGUUACCACUUACCACA